UUCCAUGGCGACAGCUCCAAGGACAAACCCCCCCCGAGUCCCCAUGGAGCCGCUGCUGGGGACGAGCGGGAAGGGGAGGAAUUUUUGGGGGGCGGCUGAGCAAAGCUGAAGGGAUUUUCUCCAUCCCGCCCCUCCAGAACGCCUGAAAAAAAAAUGGGAUUUUAACCAGCGCCGCUGGCAUCCCGCUCCCACCGCCUCGGGCAUCGCUUCUGCCUUUUCCUUUGGGAAUUCUUCGGAAUUCCAAGCUUUUCUUCCCAUCCCGACCUCUAACAACCCUCGGCAAUAAAUGAGGGAGCAUAAUGCUGACCAGCAUCACCGACGGGCUCCUGUGCUGCCUGCUGGGCAAGACCCCCAAUGCCGUGGGGCCGCUGGACAGCGUUGAGUCCAGCGACGGCUACAGCUUCAUGGAGGUGAAACCUGGGAGAAUCCUGCGGGUCCGGCACAGCAUUCCCAACCGGCCGGCAUUCCCGGAGGAGCCGGAGGAGGUGGCGGAGCRGGGCACGGUGCACUGCAAGCGCCGCAUCACGCUGUACCGCAACGGGCAGCUGCUGAUUGAGAACCUGGGCAACGCCGUGCGCUCUGAGAUCCUGCAGUGCCAGGAGCCCAGCAGCACCGUGGAGCUGGAAAUGUCGGACACAACGGGAAUCCCGGCCUGUGGCGGCGGAACCACGAGGGACGGGGCGGCGACGCCCGGGAAGCGUCGGAAGCGCAAACCGAAAAAGGUCGUCACCAUUGACUGCAAGAAGCGCAUCACCAGCUGCAAGGGGACGCACGGGGACGUGGUGCUGUUCUUCAUCCACGGCGUGGGGGGCUCCCUGGACAUCUGGAAGGAGCAGCUGGAAUUCUUUUCCAAGCUGGGAUACGAGGUGGUGGCGCCGGACCUGGCGGGCCACGGCUGCAGCUCAGCACCGCCCAUCGCCGCCGCCUACACCUUCUACGCGCUGGCUGAGGACAUGAGGGCCGUGUUCAAGCGCUAUGCCAAGAAGAGGAAUAUCCUGAUAGGGCAUUCCUAUGGGGUGUCCUUCUGCACCUUCCUGGCACACGAGUACCCAGAGCUGGUCCAUAAGGUGAUCAUGAUCAACGGUGGUGGCCCCACGGCGCUGGAGCCCAGCCUGUGCUCCAUCUUCAACAUGCCCACGUGUGUCCUGCACUGCCUGUCUCCCUGCCUGGCCUGGAGCUUCCUCAAGGCUGGCUUUGCCCGCCAAGGUGCCAAAGAGAAGCAGCUGCUGAAGGAAGGCAACGCCUUCAACGUCUCGUCCUUCGUGCUGCGGGCCAUGAUGAGCGGGCAGUACUGGCCCGAGGGGGAUGAGGUGUACCACGCCGAGCUGGCCGUGCCCGUGCUGCUGGUUCAUGGCAUGCACGACAAGUUUGUGCCCGUUGAGGAGGACCAACGCAUGGCCGAGAUCCUGCUGAUCGCCUUCCUGAAGGUGAUUGACGAGGGCAGCCACAUGGUGAUGAUGGAGUGUCCCGACACGGUGAACACGCUGCUCCACGAGUUCGUCCUGUGGGAGCCCGACACGCCAGCAGCAGGGGACGGCCACGGCGACACGAAAUAACGGGACGCCGGGACACCGGGCUGCUCCCUCGGGAGAGGCGGAGCGGAGGAAAGGGCUCGGGCGGAGCCACGAGCCCGAUUUGUUUCCCUGGAGAUGGAGCGAGGAGGCUCCCCCAGGAUGGRAUGUGCAGGGCCGGGAGAAGGAGCUCUGGAAGGCGGCAGAGACGGUCCCCAUCCCCGAGGGGACAGCGGGGACACGGCAGACCCGGCCCCACCCCGGGAGAACACCGGGGACACGGUACAGCCGGUCCCCACCCACCGGCGCUGGAGCGGCUUCAUCCCGGGUUUUUUUUUCCCCGUCGUUUUCAUUCCCACACGCAGCGAUAGCUCCGGGGACCGAGAGAGGAGGUGGCGACACGGGGAGGACUCGGUCGGUCCUCGGGACCGGGGUUGGGUUGAUUUAAAGAGAAUCCAGAGGGUCCUCUGCAGCGGGAUUUUCCUCUAGAGCCACCCGCGCCUGGAUUUGUGGGGGAUUCAGCAGCUUCUGCAGGGAUGAGGACGAGGAGGAGGGGAUCACCCAUGGGAAUGGCCGGGAUGAUGGGAUCGUCCCGCGUGUCGCCGGUGCCACCGCGGGCACGGCCACGUCCCCGGCCGCCAUCGCUUUUAGGACACCGCUUCCGCAGCGCCCCCGCUCCCCCGCYGCUGCCGCAGUCCCUCGGGGACAUCCCUGUCCCUUUCCCGUCCCUUCCCAGCUGCUCCAUCCCUCCGGGAUCCAUCCCCUGGAGCACCGGCGGAUAGCAAUACCCCGUCCCGUGGCCCUUCCCGGUGAUUGGCGCAGGAUGCGCGGGGUCUCGGAGCUGCCGGGACCGCCCGKUGGCGGCUGCCCCCAUCCCUCCUGCACAUGUUCCACCUUUUCCGCACUUCCCGGGAGACGCGCAGGGCUCGAGGAGGGACCUGUGAGUGUCCAGCAGGACCCCGGGUGUCACCCGGGAUGCCAGGAGGUGCCAUCCAGGGGGGCAUCGCCAUCUGCCCCAACCCUGCUUCCCGCUUUGUCCCCCCCUAAUUCCCAACAUUUAAGCCAAAGAAAGUGCCGACCCCAUAGGAAUCUCAUCCCUGUUCCUUGUUCUCACCCUGUCCCUGUGUCCCGAACGGGGCUGGCACCCCACCAAGGGGGGGUUAGGGGGGGUCCUGAAAUGCCCCUUCCCCAAAGCUGAGCCCCUCUUUGUCCCCACUGCUGUGUCCCCACUGCCRGUGCCUGCCCUGCCCGCUGCUGUCUCAUCAUGAGAAUUUUACCCCUCCCCAGCCUCAAAUCAUCUCCCACACCCCCCCAGCACCCCCAGGGGCCGCCCCAAAAACACCGUUAUGCCCCAAACCACGGCUGUGCCCCCGUCCCCAGCCAGCUGUGGGGUCACAUCUGUGGGGUCACAGCUGCCCCAGCUCGGUCCCUUCCGGGUGCCACAUUCCGCUUGUGCCAGAGCCAAGCCAACGCACACGGCGCCGGCUGCUGCCAUCGCUGCCACCGCUGCUGCCACGUGUUCGUGCCAUCCCCCCCAGUAAAGCCGUGCUGU